UUGGUAGGAUCAAAAGCUGCAUGAAUUAGUCACAAAGGAAAUAAUUUUCUAUUGUCAUGCUAUUUAUGAAAUGAUCCAAUAUAAAACCAUGGUCAACUGUGGAGAAUCCCUGCCUGUGACUCUGCAAACACAUUGUUAUCAAUGAGCCAGACCUUUAAUUUAUUGACUAGAUGUUUUGCAUAAAUAUUGCCCCUGACAUUAAUCAGGCUAAUUGGUUUAUAUUUUUUUGCAUAUUGAGAACACUAUGCCUGUGUUGCAGCCCUGGAGAAGUUGACCAGAGGAGUUACAAGUUUAACCAAAAUAGACUUUCACCAAACAAUUCAAUACCGGGGACUAUUUCAAAUGAUCCUCGUGCUGGGAAUCGGGGGCAGUUUCCCUUAUGGGUUUCACAUUUCUGUAAUAAACUAUCCCUCCCUGCAUAUUAAAAAAUUCAUUAAUGAGACCUGGCUGGAACGACAUGGCUCACCACUGCCUCAAGAGAAUGUUAUCUUGUUAUGGUCCUUCAUAGUAUCCAGUUACGGGAUUGGAGGUCUCGUAGGGAGUGUCUGUUGUGGAUACCUCACCACAAAAUAUAGAAAAAAGAAGUGCCAGAUGUUCACCAACCUGAUCAUGCUGACUGCUGCCCUGUUCAUGGGUUUCAGCAAGAUGGCCAAAUCUUUUGAGAUGAUCCUCCUUGGACGCCUCCUAUAUGGGAUUGGCAUUGGAUUUUCUUUCAAUAUACAUCCUCAAUAUGUGGGAGAGAUUUCGCCAAAGAAGUUGCGGGGAUUUACAAAUGCAACAGUCGCUGUUUUUCUGACAUUAGGCAAAGUUGCAGGACAAAUCAUUGGUCUUGGAGAAAUUUUGGGCUCAGAGUCUUUGUGGCCACUGCUGUUGGCUUUUAGUGGGCUCACAGCCACAAUCCAAUUGGUGACACUCCCAUGCUUUCCUGACUCCCCACCAUACCUUCUGAUACAGAAAGGCAACGAAGAGGCCUUCCUAAAAGCCAUCAAACAGCUCUGGGGUGAGGGGGACCAUCAAGCCGAGAUUGAUGACAUCAAGAGGGAAAAGGCAGCCAUGUCUUGCACAAAAAGUCUCCGAGUCCUAGAGGUGCUGAAGGCCCAAUCACUGCGCUGGCAGCUGUAUGUGAUGAUCACCGUCAUGAGCACCCUGCAGCUGUGUGGCAUCAAUGCAAUCUACUUCUACUCGUUUGAAGUUUUUCGCACAGCCCAGUUUGAAGAAACCCUCAUUCCAUACAUUGCACUGGGUGUUGGCAUAUGCGAGUGCUUCUCAUCCAUUCUGUGCAGUUCUCUGAUUGAGCGUUUUGGGCGGAAACCUCUACUCUGGGGAGGAUAUGCUGCCAUGGUGCUUGUGCUGGCUGCGCUCACAGUAACCCUUUCAUUCCAACAUCGCUUCUUUUGGAUGCACUACUUGAGUGUCGUUUUCAUUUUCCUCUUUGUCAUCUUCUAUGGAAUUGGACCUUCUGGUGCCACAAUAUCAGUUAUGGUGGAAAUCUUCAAUCAAACAUACCGUCCAUCUGCCUUUGUAAUUGUGGGAUUUAUCAACUGGAUGGGGCUCUUUCUGCUUGGAAUGAUCUUCCCAUUCAUUGUGGAAUAUCUUGGUCCCUUCUGCUUUCUGAUUUUUAUGGGGAUCCUGGCCGUUUCAAGUGUAAUCAUCUACUUAUAUCUUCCAGAAACAAAGGGAAAAUCUAUUCUUGAAAUUACAAUGGAGUUUAAUAAGCUGAAUUAUGGAAAGAAACAGGUUUUUCUCACAGAAAAUAGUUCUCCAAAGGAAACUGUACUUUGUACCAAACUUUAACUCUUGAACUGCAAAAUCUUUUUUGAGAACUGUACAGCACAUAAAAUUUACCAUUCACAACCCUAAAGCAUUUGUUCUGAAAUUUUGCAUAGCUUCACAAAGUGCAAAAUCCACCUCUACAUUUGAAGAACAUUUGAUGUGUCAUAUUGUACCCUGCACUGCAAGCAAAGUCUGUCUUCUCAGUUUGUGUCCAGAGAGCAUAAUCAUAUUAAUUGGCUACCACCUGUAUAGCAGACACCCUAUAUCAGUAGUUCUUAAACUAUUUGACCCAAUUA